CGUCGAUGAGCGUCGCAGUCUCUCUCGCACACUCCGAUCGAACUCGACGGUUUGAAGGCGCCGGCUGCUCGACACAGUUGCCGAAGGGGCCAACUAAUUAGUGAUCCAAUCAAACGCAGCUAUGAUCGAAUAGUUUGAGGCAGUCGUUGAUCUCUCGAAGCACCGGGUAUGGUUAUUUCCAACAUAACCGACGCCUCAGGGCACGGAGCGAACUCAGUGUCUCCCGUGACUCUAAACCCCGACUGGUCCAGACUGGCAAGACUGAUCCUUCUGGCAUCACUGGCAGCAAUUGGCAGCGUAGGCAACGUCUUCAUGAUAAGCGCGGUCAUGAUAGAGGACUAUUUAAGGAAACGAGGGAAUACAUUCGUGGUAAACGUGGCCUUCGCCGAUCUGCUAGUCUCAGGCCUGGUAGUUCCUGCUUCAGCAGUGGUGAUCCUCGCAGGAUUAAAGGACAACUUGACAGUGUGUCGCUUUCAAUGGUUUCUGGCCGCGCUAUGCUUCCUAGUAACGAUGUUAUCCAUAACAGCUGUAGCGGCAGAAAACUACAUCCGGUUAUGUUGUUCCCCGACAUUCUACGACAAACUCACAAGAACGAAGAUCACUGUUAUACUGCUGGUUUUCUGGAUAGUAGGGGUGUUUGUUUCUGCGUUGCAGUUCGUCCCUGAUUUGUCUUUUGACUAUUGCACCAGAAAGUAUCCAGGUUUGGUGCCGUACCAAGCUACCGUCGGCGCGGUUCUUGUUGUAGUACCAAUCCUGAUAACGUUCUACUGCUACAUAAGGGCCCUCAUACAAGUACGCAGGUUCAAGUCCAGGGCCAGCUUCAAAGCCCCCAUAACCUUCAACUGGGAUUGCUCCUUGAUGCAGAGCAACAUGUACAGCUUCAUCCUGUUCGUCCUCUACUGGCUUCCCUUUGGAGUCUGCCUGGCCGUAGGCACGACCCGCAAGAUAAACGACAAGACUUUCUACAACCUGGCCUGGUUGGCCAUAACGAAGUCCUGCAUAAACAGUAUACUCUACUGCCUCACGAACCGUCACUUCAGAGCUGCUUACGUCAAUCUCUUCCAUUACUGCUGCUGCAAGACAACGGUCUCCUUCUCCAGGAGACAGAGGCCGGAGUGUGUUAGACCUUCGGGGGACGUCAGGGUCCACAUAAUACCCGGUUACAACAUGUACUGCAGCCCUCAGAGGUGCAGGGAAGGGCAGAACAAGAGGUGCGCCUCAAGACCAAACGGUAGGGAUGUGUAUGAGUUAUGAUGAGGUGGAUCUGAGGGUGACGAUAUAGAAAUGUAAAGCAUUUCAUUUUUUGAUGGCGUAUAAAUUAAUUGCUAUACAGGGUGUUCCGAAUGCGGCACACCAAGGCACCUAACAAUAAUUUUUUUUUAAAUGUCAUGACCCAAAAACUUGGUUAAGUUUUUACCGGUUCCCAAUAAACAAAAUCUAAAUUGAACAUAUAAAAAACAAUAAAUACACAUUUUAGUAAUGAUUUACGUGAAAAUUGUUAACAUUUAAAUUCAGUAAAAAUCAUAAAAGAAAUAAGUCGUCUAAAU